GAUCUUUUCAUUAAAGGGAACCUGUCUAUAAAGUUAGCUGCCUCCACUAUAAAGACUCAUCAGGGCAAUAUCAUGGAUGACUCUAGUUUCUGAAGUACACAAGUCACCCUUUCCUGGUCAAACUGACCUUCCCUGCACAUGUGUAAAAACCAGGGGCGGGCUGACAACUCAUGGGGCCCCCGCGUAAUAGGGGAUCAUGGGGCCCCUGUGUCCUUGCCCAAACUCAAAAAAGCCUAUGAAAAAGGUACCAGGGGCAUCUCAUGGGGCCCCCUACUGACCCCGGGCCCUCGGGCAGUG